UGUCGGGAGGGGGGAACCGCAGCGCCAGCAGAAGAGAAGCGACUCCACUCGCCGCCGCGCAGACACAUGCUGCUUCUCCGGCAUAUCUCCGUGGCGCUGGGCGCCGCCGUGGUCGCGCUGGGCUCGGCGAUCUUCAUCGCCCUCAACUACUUCUAUCCGCGCCGCCGCCGCCGCCUGCGAAUAUGGUCACCGGAGGCGCACUACUCCGUCAUCAAGGAAGAUGAAGAGGACCCCGGGAAGCGUCGGGUCCUGGUGCUGGGCUUGGACGGAGCCGGCAAGAGCAGCAUGCUUCAGGGCCUGACGCCCGGGGGGACUAAGAGGGGCUGCUGCCGCCCCACCCGGGGCUUCAAUUUCAUGAGUUUUACUGUGUCCGCUUGCCAGCUGGACUUCCUAGAGAUAGGCGGCGGCGAGGAACUACGCCGCUACUGGGCAGAGUAUCUGAUCAAGACUCACGUGCUAGUGUACGUGGUGGACUCGUCCGACCGCGGUCGUCUCCCGGCGGCAAAGUUGGAGCUGCACCGCCUCCUGGAGACGCGACCCAACCUCCCUGUGGUGGUCAUGGGAAACAAACAGGAUAAACCAGAGGCCGUGAGCAUAUCGGAGCUUCACCAGGCACUCUCUCUGGGCUCGGUGGCGGAGGAAAGGAAGCUGUUCCUCCUGGCCGCUCAGUUGGCUUCAGAUGGCGCGCAGAGGAAUUCCUGCCAGGGCCUGCAAGCCUUCCAGAACCUCCUGCUCCAGCUUGUCUGAUAAAGGGAGGGUGGGAGGGAAAUGUGCCGCAAGCUAGAACAGUUUGAACGGAGAUGGGCUAAAUGUUUGAAAUCUUCUACAUCACAGCCAUUUUGGUUCUGAGUGGCAACUCCAAAUGAAAUAAAAACAAACUAAAACGUCAGCCAAUGACAAUGGGAGUUGAGGUCUGAACUACCUGAAUGUGGGACUAUUUGAAUUGGUGAGUCAUCGUCUUGUGACACACUACUAAGAACUAGGGUCUAAAUACAAUCAUAAAUAUGGUCAUCCAAUCAAUUUGGCGGACAGCAUUUUCUUGGAAAAUAUGCCUCGGAGGCUAGGGUACAGCGAACAUAUUUGCGGUUCAAGGUUAUUUGCGGAAGAUUAUACUUCCUUCUCGCCUAUUUUUGUGCUGCCGAAGAAUCAAAGACAUUGAAGAUGAAGGCAGUCCUUUGCUGCUAUUUCAAGUUCAAUAUAUGCAUUCAUGAUUCAACUCAUCUUGCUCCUAGAGUUGUGUUCCCAUUGAUUGGCCUUGAGCACACCGCUUACGCAGAAGAGAUUGAAACUCGAGAUGACCACACCCGUAGGCCGUUUUGUCAGCUAACUAGUUUGACUUCGCUUUUCUUUUUGUCUCUAUGUCUUGGUGGUUAACGUUUUUCCGGCGGGGUAUAAAAUUGUGACUUUACCGUUCAUAAAGUUUGCGUUGGUAUCAAGAACAGAAAAGUGACAGAAAAGUCCAUUUUUAUAUUAAUAUCAGCGAUUGAUGGUUGUGAAAAGACUCCCAAUACUGCCCCCCCCCCAACACACACACACACACACACACAUUUAUUUUCUUUUAUCUAAUGUGGUCUUAGAAAUACUGUAUAUUCAUUUUAUGGUUCAUGUCUGGAAAAGAGGUUAUUGCCAGUUUCCGUGCAUAUCGUAUUGUAUUUUGAUGUGUGGAAAAUAAAAACUGCUUUGUU